UCCACCUUGUUUUAAAAUGGUACAACAUGUGGUCAGUGACCUCCAGUCCAGUUUGGUUGAAAUGAUCAAAUUGAUCAAUAACACCCAGGAAAACAGGCAGAACGUUGUCGAUCUCAGUUUUGACAAAAUACUUUCAGACAUUAGUCACGAUAUUAUCGACUUGCUAGAUAAAGCACAAAAUUUAACAGAUCAAAAGUUCAUAAUCUUGAAGCAACUGAGAGACCUAAAAGCCAAGCUUUUGAACAGCACGAAACUCUCUAGGCAGAUCAAGCUCAAAGUGCAGAAAACUAAGAGUAUCAGUGACUUGGGGAAAGAGAGAAUCUCCACGCUGAUGGAACAUAUCGAAAGUGUUUCAAAAAUUGUGUUGAACAUGAAAAGCUACUUAACCAAUAUCACCCUCGAGUUUCUGAAAAAUUCAAGUAACGUAACAAAGAAAUUUGAACAGCAGUCUGAUCGUAUGAAGGAAAUAGCAAAGGAAGCUGGACGUCUUGCUGACUGUCAAAAAAUCGAAGAAGAGGAAACAAAGAAAGUAGCGGUAAAAGCCUUGAAUAUCUCAACGUUAGCCUACUCAGGAACUCAGUCCUUAGUUCAAGCACAGAACGAUGUUUCACUUACUGAAGUUAAAGAAUUGCAGAACAUGGCCUUUGGAAUGGAACAGCUGUUAUCAAGAGCGAAGAAUGAAGGUUAUUCGGCUGCAGAAGUUACUUCCAGAGCUUAUAAUGAAAUACUGGAACUUCUGAACCAAGGAAAGUCCCUUAAUGUGCCAGAAUUUAAUGAACAAGUCACGAUGUACCGCAACCUUCAUAUUAUAAAUGAGGCAACAGGAACCAUUGAGAAAAUAGAUAAUAUCCUUGAAAAGAAUUCUCAUCUGGAUGAUGAAAUAAAAGAACAAAAAUCUAAGGCUUGUGGUAUUUUAAAUGAAGCUAUUCUACUACAGAAGGGAAAGGAAACGUUAAUGACUGACAUUCAAGCAGCUUUAGACAAAGCGAAGGAGAACGUCCAGUUUGGAGAAACCAUUUUAUAUAAUGCUAAACAAUUACCAAAAAAAGUAAAAGAAUGCGACAAUAUCGUCCAAAAGUACAAGAAAGAAGAUGUAAGUAGUAUAGAAACAAUACUUUCGUUAAUCACAGAAUCUGACCAGAAGACGGGAGAAAAAAGGACCGCUCUAAGCAAAGCAGAAACUGUCACUGUAGAUGCUAAAGAAAAGGCCAGGGAAAGUGAGUUAAUUGUCUCCCCGACGUUUCAGAUUGUACGUAAAUUGGAAGAGAAUACAGAAGGAACAACAACAAGAACUAAAUAUGUACUCCAGGAAAGUCACUACGUAUUUCAGAAGGCUCUAGAAGUAGCUGAUCAAAUGGAACUGUAUGAAGUGGAAACAGAAGUCGAUAAUGUCUUAGCAGAAAAGGUUCAAAGCAAGACAGCUAAGCUUGGACAUUUGGUUGGAACAGCUUCUUUGAAAGUCAAACGUUCCUUGGAUGCCUUACAAGCCAUAAUGAACGAACUAGAAACCUUGGAUUCUCUCGAUUCUGCAGACUUGUAUAGAAUAGAAUAUGAACUUGAGAAGGUGCAGAACGAAGAUAUUGUUCUUGCUAAGAAAAUCAAAUACCUACAAGUCCUGAAGAAGAAACAACAGAAAACGAUUGACGAAUUAGAGAAAAACAUAGAAGCUGUAAGACGGGAAGUUAAGGAAAGUGAAAAUAUCGCUGAAGCAAUCAAACACUUUUGAACAGAUUGAUACAUUCCUGCAGUAACCUACAUUAAGGCUUAUUUAUUUAUGAGGAACUCUGGCCUUAUAUGACACAUUAAUUCAGAAUUCACAUUCUUGUCCUUCCUGUUGCUUUCAAAAACUAACAAUAUUUAUAUUGCUUGUUUAACAAAUAUUCUGAUAACAAAUAACAGUAGAAUAUGAUUACAAGCUAACAAUAUCAGACAAAUCCACCUAAGUUAGAUGACAUAUUCCUUCAAGUAAUAAACGUAUCUGAACAAAUUUGGUUUUGAUAGUUUGAAAUUAAAUCGCGCGAUUAAAUUCAUGUGAACGGAUAAAUAAAACAGUAUUUGUGAAAAUAAACAAAUAUAAUGAACGUAACGAUACUA